CCCUCCUUCAGUUAAGGAAAUUCUAACCAACUGAAGGAAAAGAGGAGGUUAGUCACGGCCACGGGGUGGUCCUGCCACAAGCGGCGUGCCCAGCUCGCCCCCCGGCCCCGUGCAGUCCCUGAGCAGCAAGGCAGCCCCGCCAGAGCGGCUGCGCCACAAAAGCCCUCAAAGCGGCGGCCGGCCUCUCCCCGCCGCCCCAGCGGACGCCACCAAGGCUGGCUGCUUACCCCGGAAAAACAGCCUCAGUGAGCCUUCAACUCUAAAGGACGUCGUGGCUUUGUACACAUCGCAUGGCCUUUCUCAUGAGAAACUGAGCCAUGUGCUAGUAGGAUAACUUCCAACAGCUAAUCCAGAUGACGUGGGACUUACUGGAGACAGUAACCAGAAGAUGGCAGAUCUCGAGACAGACUGUUGACUUCAGAGGUACAGUUCCAUCAAGUCUCUGAAGGUGGAUUUGACAGCAGAAUUUCCUCACAUUGCCAAGCAUCUAUAAAGUCCCAGAAGACAUAUGUUCUUCCGGCUGAUUGGAGAAAUAGUUUUGGCUGUCAUCCUGACUGCGUUGGCUCUUGCUAUUCUGGCUCUUCUGAUAGCAAGAUGGACACGGCGUAGAAACAGUGAGGCACGGAUCUCCAGAUACACUUCAGAACAGAGUGCUGGGCUUCUGGACCAUGAGGAUGGUAUUUCCCAUGGGAGACCCAAGCGAGGAAGAGGAUCCCGGGGCUCGCUUUCAUCAGAUAGCGGGCCAUCUUCUGUUUCUGUGGGCGGAAAAUCAGUCAGUCACCACUCCCUGGGGCCAACUGGUAUUUCUAUAGGAGGAAACUCAGUCAGUCGCCACUCCCUGGGACUGAGCAGAUCCAAUCCUGCUAUAUCCCAAGGACCACAAACUGGGUCUCAAGAAUUACCAAGUAAAACAAGAAGCGCCAAGUCCUUAUCCGAACCUCUGACCGGCAAUGCUGGAGACAUCUCUGGAACCAUUGGACCUAUAAUGCAGUUCUCAGCACCUAUUCCUGGAGCUACGGGACCUAUCAAACUGACUCAAAAAACCUUCCUGCAAACUCCUGGCCCAAUUGUGCAAUGUAUGGAUUCCAGUGAAAGCUACAGCCCCGAGGGAUCCAAUGCCAUGAUGCCUAUGGACAUGGGUCCUCAACCAGCACUGAAGCCUAGCUAUUGUCAACAGCUAACAAUCAAGCCUAGCAGUUAUCAAUCUCAACCUGCUCAACCUAGCUGUUAUCAGUCUCAUCAACCUGCUCAACCUACCUGUUAUCAAUCUCAACCUGCUCAACCUAGCUGCCCGCCUGAGCCGACCCUGCCUUUAAUAAUUACACAGAGGACUUCAACAAAACGUGGACCACCUAUAAUCCUGAAAAAGCAAUCAGAUUGCAAAGGCCACAUGGUAAGACACGGAGGGAGUGUAACCUUCCAGGGUGUCGGCGACACACCAUCCAAGUGCGGCAAGCAGUGGAGAAGAUGCCAGUGCGACUUCUGCUCUCCGAAGCCCCAACAAGAAGAAACCAUGUGGUGUGAAGAGCCAGCUCCAGCUCAAGGUCAAGGCCAAGGUCAAGGUCAAGGUCAAGGCCAAGGUCAAGGUCAAGGUCAAGGUCAAGGUCAGGGUCGAGGUCAAGGUCAGGGUCAGGGUCAAGGUCAAGGUCAGGGUCAAGGUCAAGGUCAAGGUCAAGGUCAAGGUCAAGCUCCCUCUUCCUCUUCCCAACAACAACCUCCAUCAAGACAAGACUCUCAAGUAAGCUCUGACCAAAGAAAUGAAGGUUGUGUUGCUGCCCAGACCAUAUGUUAUGAAGAGCCAUUCCUUUUCAGAAGACUGGAGUCCCUGAUAAGGAAGAACCAAAGCGGGAUAGUAAUAAAGCAGAAUGAAGGCGGCUUUCUGAUACAGAAGGCUGAGGAGCGCAGGAAGAGAAGCAGGACAUCCAAAACAUCCAAGAAGUCAUCAGAACACCCAGCAACCGAUUCUGACUCAAGUGCAAAACCAACCGGAGAGGGUCCUCCCGAAGAGCAACCACCCGAAGAAAAACGUGAGGGAGAGGAGAAGAAACGCAAGAAAGAAAAGAAGAAAAAGAAGAAAAAAGACAAAGACGGCUGAGAAGGGAGGAGGAGGAUAGGGCAAAACAUGGCCUCCAACGUGAUCUCCCUGUCAGAUACCAGCGGCGUCUGCCCUCACCCCGGUGUGUCAUGGUUAUAAAAUCCAAUCCCUCUAGACAUCUUCCUUUUCUGCUGUUCAGAAGGUCGCCUUUAUUACACCUCCCUGCCAUAAUCUUCAUCUUCCAAUUUUUGCUUUAUUAGUCAAAAUAUAUGCUCCAGUUAAGAAAGACGGUGUUUUCUGAAAUAAAACGUCUAUAUUAAAUAUCUGAUAAGUUCCUUU